ACACUCCUCUUUCGCUGCCACCCAGGCCGGACUUGAUUUGGGCCGAUGUUCUUCUCUGAGCAUCCGCACUAACAUCCAAUUAUCCAUGACCUCGACUGUUGGAGCCGAUGAACUGACCGCGACGGUCUUUGGGGCCAUUCACUCUCUCUCGAACAAGCGCAAAGCCAAUUUGUUGUUGGAUACCGCUCUUACUCUGAUUCACUCGGGACAAUAUGGUGUAGAAGUCGAAAACUACCUCGAGGUUUACCUCAAGACUCCAGACUUACCACGGACCGACGUGGUGAAGGCGUUGUUAGCCAGAGGGAAAGCUCGGAAGGCGGCAGGGGAGGAACUUGUCGAGAAGGCGGAACAAGACUUCCGUGCCGUCCUCCAGCUGGACCCUGCAAAUCGGGAGAUACAGCAACAUUCGCAAAGAGGCCGUGUGAAUAUACGUUUUGCGCGGGAUCCUGCUUUCCAGCGCGUUCCGGUCGAAAUAUGGGACCGCAUCGCAUCGUUUAUCCCGCGCUAUCACCUGCGCACCUGGCUCUUCAUUUCCUCCUUCUUCAGAGACAUCGCAGUGGGACUGAUCUUCCACACCCUCGAUCUGUAUUUCGGCGACGAUCAAGAGGCACUGAAUCGUGGUCUGGAUGUUUUCGACCGGGUGAAGGCGGAUCCGGUCUUUGCGCUGCGCAUCAAAACUCUAAGGCUGCACUGGGCGCAUGAGGAGGGGGACAUGCUUGAUCUCAUGACUCGCAUCUUUCGUUCCACGCUCCCUGAGUUCAAAGCGCUUCAGGAGCUUGAGUGGAUUGGCUAUCCGGAAAUGCGGGCAGAAAUGGUCCAGACUGUACUCUCUACCCACUCUUCUAUCUACAGACUGGGUCUGAUCGGGUGGCAUUUUGACGCAGUCGGUGUUUCCGCGUUCAGGAACUUGCGCAAAUUCACUCUCCGCGCUGAAGACGACGAUGGAUUCGCCGACAUGGGUGAAGUGCGAAUUGUGCUCGAUCAAAAUGCGGAUACUCUGCAGCAUCUGGUGCUAGGAGCAUAUCUUGCGCGCGACCACUCCUGGGACAGUGCAUUUGAGAGCGUGACGAUCAAGAACCUGACACAGCUCGAUCUUGUCGACACGCGGAUUUCGCACUUCGUGCUGUCUCGCAUCGCUCACGCCCACGGGCUGCAGAGUCUUACACUGCACGGGACGUUCGAGGAUCCGGCAGCGGCGGCCGUCGUCUUCGGAAGCGAUCACAUCAUCGACGGCCAGCACACGUUUCUGCCGCAUCUGGAGGCCUUCCGUUUCGUCGUCGUCGGUCAUGACGACCAGGUCACCCUGUACCGCGCCGUGGCCCAGUUUCUGCGACGGCGAACGCGGCUGCGCCGGCUGGACUUGGGAAGCUGUCCAUGGGACAUGGCCUUGAAUCUGCUGCCCGGGCUCUCAGCUUUACGUGUGUUGGGUGUGCGUAUCGCGAAUCUCACUGCUUCGGCAGUCACCGGCUUGGUGAACGCGAUCCCGCUAUCGAUGGUUGCCCUCCACCUCUCCGCUGUGGUGUCUGAUCGGCCUUUGAAUGAAUACGCCAGAUACUUCGAAGCCUUCAGGUCGCUGGCUUUUCUGCAUCUGCAGAACACAUCAAAGCACCGGCCCAAGCCUAACCUACUAUCGGAGAAAGAUCUCCGUUUGCAGACAGACUUGUGGGCAGCUGCGUCCCGGAGCGUCGCGGUUGGCUUGCCAGCGCUAGACUUCCUCGGCUGGAACGGAGAGCACUUCGUCGUGGCUCGCAGUAGUGACGGGACGGUCGAGCUGAAGGAGCUUCCCUGUCGGCGACACUUGGAUUGCGGCAAGGGUGUGGACCUCGGAAGCGAGGACGCUUCAUGGCUCGAGCGCAAGGAUGUCCCGAUGGAUUACGAGAUGCCGCCCCAGUCAUGAUGUUCGUGACCCCUUCCAAUGUUUUGUAGAGCUUUCCGAAUUGCGUGCAAUAUGAUUCUAUUUGUUCUCGGGCGCUUCUGUAAGCUUGCUUGAGGUUCUCAACAAAGAUCCGAUAAUACAGCAGCGUUCUUCGGGAAUCUCUCGUCGGCUUCUACGUAACCUCCCGGGUCUCCCUUGGAAAGAAAGAAGGAAACGCGGUUCGGAAGAACGUCAUCGGCACGAGGAAUUGGUUAUCCGGCUGCUGAGAAGGCCGAAUCUCCUUCUGACCAGAGGCUCAUCCCACUUCCCGCGCGGAAAUAAGCCCAGGGCGAUGCUCCCCCGCCCUGCCCGAAGUGGUUCGCGCCGCCCCGCUAGCUGAUUCGCGAGCACAGCCACACCCUUCAUGAUGCGCAUCGACAAGUUAGAUUCAACUUAGACUUGAGCCCAAAGCGCCAUCCAUGAUUCACCGUCGAUGCCGCUCAAUCGUGGGGCAAGCUCGCAAUUAACUCCGUCCAAUGGGAACACUCCCGUUCUUCUGAGAAGCGCAAGGCAAGGCUCCAAUGCGCAGGCGACGCGUGCCCGUGCGGUUUGUAAUGCGCUUCCUCACUUCACGUGCCCACUGAAGCCUGCUCUUUCAGCUGGUCCCCGGUUGCAUUCGAUUGCGUGCGGCGUAUCGCUACUGAUGGGGAAACGCGGCGCCCAAGUGUGUGUGCGCGUGGGUGUCUGCUUCCGAAGGGAGCCGAAGCGGAUAAAAGGCAGACGGAUGAAAUCACUUGGGAGCCGAACGACACCCAGACUCUCUCUCUCUGUGCACUUCCAGAUCCACACUCACCAGCCCGACGAUGCUCGCCAUGCCGCUCUCUAACACACUGUCCUCGGCGCCGCUGUCGUACUACUCGAUCCCGGCGGUCUGGCUCACAGCGUUCGCGCCUGUUCUGAUUCGGACGACUUUCAUCUACCUACUGCACGGGGACUACAACAAUGUUGCACCCAGAAAGAACAUGGGCGAAGUCGCUGCCAACAAGUCGCUCUCGCCGGCCCAGAUCGCACUUAUCCAGCGCAUGGAGGGAGCCCAUAUCAACGGGAAUGAGAAUCUCCCCAUUUGGAUCGCGGCUGUAGUGAGUCUUAAUGCGUAUACCCUGUGGCGCCGCUUCUGACUCUGCGGGAUCAGAUCGUCGGCAACCUGGUCGGCCUCGAUCACGCGUUAUUGAAUACCGUGUCGCUGUAUUAGUGCGUUGCCUAUCUGGGUCUGUUGAUGUUGAUGACUGAUGCUGGGACAUCCACAGCGUCUUGGGCCGCAUCUUGUACAACUACAUCUACAUAUCGCAGAGGACGGUGUUCCAGUCCUGGGUUCGGUAUGUCGAAAAUCUGUCAUUUCCCUAGCGGCGACGGCUGAUCGAGUUGCGUCCAUAGAUCAACGGUGUACUUUGCGUGUCUGGGUGCGUCUUUCUUGGAUUUUAGUGUGGCAUUUUCUCACCGAGGGCUAACAGCGAUGCCCCUCUACAUCCUGAUUCAAGCUGGCGCGAAGGCAACCAAAGGAUUCUAAAUGAUGAUAGGCAAGGUGAAGUUGGAAAUCGGCUUGGCCUACAAAGCGUGUAAAGCGAAUUUCAUUUCCAACACCAACACAAACUGUAUCUACGCAUAGAACAAUAUAUCGCCAAUAUAUCACGCUGAGAUAUCAUACACAUA